CGCAUUUUUAACUCGUCCGCUGACUCGUCGUCGACUCAGUUGACUCGGCCUCAGAAAAACAAAAACAGUAGAAAUCCAAGUGGGCGAUGGCUUCGGAGGAGAGGCGAAUCGAUGACGAAUUGUCGUACCCGAUUCUGCUGUCGGAGCGGGUUCGGACCGCCGUCGACGAGGCAAAGUCGUUCAAGCUGGAGUGCUCCGAGGUCGGGAAGCAGGUGGAUCGCCUCUCGCAAAAUCUCCGAACCGUGGUCCGGUUCGCGACGUCGGCGCCGGUUCUGUACGAGCGUCCGAUUCGGUGCAUCGUCGCCGAGGUGUCGAAGAAUUUGGAGCGGGCCCUAACCCUGGUGCGCAAGUGCAAGCGCCGGAGCGUCCUACGACGUGUCGUUACGAUCACGAGGGCCACCGACUUCCGGAAGCUCUUCAACUUCCUCGAGUCCUCCGUCGGCGACAUGAAGUGGCUGCUGAGCAUACUCGACCCAGACACCGCGGGCAACAACGGAAUUGAACUCUCCCUGGCCCCGAUUGCCAGCAACGACCCGAUUCUCUCGUGGGUCUGGUCAUUCAUCGCCACCGUCCAAAUGGGUCAGCUGCCGUUUCGUAUCGAGGCCGCCAACGAGCUCGCCUCGCUGGCGGACGACAACGACAGGAACAAGAAGAUUAUCGUUGACGAAGGCGGAGUCUCGCCGCUGCUGAAACUGUUGAAAGAGGGCUCGUCGCCGGAUGCCCAAAUUGCGGCGGCUACGGCGCUGUAUAAUCUGGCGUGUGAUCAGGAGAAGGUGAGGACUAUUGUGAAUGAGGUUGGGGUGCCCAUUAUUGUGCAAGUUCUGGGCGACUCGCCGAUGAGGGUUCAGAGGCGGGUGGCGACCCUGGUGGCGCGAAUGGCGGAGCAUGACAGCAUUGCCCAGGAGGAUUUUGCCAGAGAGAAUGUGAUCAGGCCGCUGGUGACGCUGCUGUCGUUCGAGACGUUCGGGGAGGAUCAGAAUAAUCAUCAAUUGGGUAAGCAAAGCAUUCACUCUCUGAUUCAGAUUAGUAAGGAAAUGGAGAAGAGCACAUUAGCAAAACCGAAACCGAGUAGCAGUAGCAGUAGUCGUGACUGUAAUUAUUCAAAUACGUAUUCAAGUUCUUCGUAUUCUUAUUAUUCGGAGGGUAGUAGUCGAGGCGGGCAUUAUAGGAAGGAGAGGGAGAAUGAGAAGCCUCAUGUAAAGCUUCAGCUGAAAGUUAGCUGUGCCGCCGCGUUGUGGAUGCUUGCUAGAGGCAGUGUUUUGAAUAGUAGGAAGAUAACCGAGACCAAAGGUCUGCUUUGUUUGGCCAAGUUGGUGGAGAAGGAGCAGGGCGAGUUGCAAUACAACUGUUUGAUGACUAUAAUGGAGAUAUCAGCCGCAGCUGAAUCCAAUGCUGACCUUAGACGAGCUGCAUUCAAGACCAAUUCGCCGGCUGCCAAGGCAGUUGUGGAUCAGCUCUUGAGACUGAUCAAAGAGGUGGAUAGCCCAACAUUGCAAAUACCUGCCAUUAAAUCGAUUGGUUCGUUGGCCAGGACAUUCCCUGCUCGAGAGACCUGGGUCAUUGGUCUGCUAGUGACUCAACUUAGUCACAAAGAUCUAGACAUGGCUACGGAAGCAGCAAUUUCACUCGGGAAGUUUGCUUGUCCUGAUAAUUUUCUCUGUAUGGAGCAUUCGAAGACAAUAAUUGAGUUCAAUGCUAUUCUGCCUCUGAUGAAACUGCUAAGAGGCAACGAGCACUCGCAGCUACACGGGUUGGUUCUCCUUUGCUACCUUGCAUUACACUCUGGCAAUACCAACUCUUUGGAACCGACUAGGGUGUUGACUGCCCUUGAAGGGGCCGACCGCAGUGCACUGCCCCAACAUCCCGAGUUGAGAGAGUUGGUGUCCAAGGCGAUAUAUCACCUCAAUCUGUACCACACUGGAGGUCACUCGCAAAUGUUGACAUUUGUGCCGUGAGUACAAAUUCUCGAAGGUAGAAGACCGAUACCUUUUUUGCUUGAUAUGAUCGUGCUGUGCAGUAGUAGUAGGAUCAUCAGUUUGAUACUUUUCGAAUGGAAGGAACACAGGGCUCACAGAAAGAUCGUUGAAUUUUAAGAUAAAAAGUGCAAAUAGUAAAUGCAGGGAUGCAAUGCAAUAGUUUGAUAGUGUAAAUUGGUUCAAAUUACUUAUUAGCUUUUUAACAUUAUAGUGGAUGUGGAUGACUUGUUAAUAUGAAAAAGGGUUUAGGGUUUA